UUAAAUCUGGCAACAGUAAUCAUUCAAUUGUAAACACAGCUUCAAAAAAAUAAUAAUGGAGGAAGACGGAGGGAGUUUUGAAUCGUUGUCAACGAUUCAGCCAAAUAUUCGUCGCCUAGAUCCUUUUUGGGCAACACGAUUAUGGCAGAAAUUAAUUCAAGAAGCUUUGCUAAAAGUUAAAGUUUGUAAGCAAAGACAUUUUUUAAAAAACUAUGAUGAAGUUUUUAAUGGGGAAGACUUAGUGAAUAGUGUUUUCCAGUUUUUGAAGGAAUGUAAAUCUGAACUGGAUGUAGAUAGAAUUAAUAGAUCAAAUGCCUCAAAAGUAUGUCAAGUUUUAAUGGACAAAAAAUUCUUUGAAAGUGUUGUUCCCAAAGGAAAUCAGAAAUUUGAAGAUAGUUCUUCCAAGUUUUAUCGAUUUAUUCCAGAUCAAAUUACAGAAGAAAUUGUGUCCAAAGGAGAUGAAAUCAAAGAAAAAAGAUCUUUAGUUGUAGAGGAAGAAAAAGAAAAUGUUUUUGCUUCUCCUUGCAAUCUUAAUUCUACAUUUACUCCAGAUACUAAGUUCAGCUCAAAAAGACGCUCUGUUCGAUUAAAGACUCCACUUUUGAGAGUUAGAGAUACAAAACCUAGUCCUGUGCGUUUCUCUAGAAGAAAUGCUCGAGAUCCCGAUGAGGAAGCUAUUUUGAGUUUAAGAGACACAGCUCUGGCCAUUCUUCUGCAGCUGGUAGAAGUUCCAAUGCUAGAAAGUUUGCUAUCAGUUCCAUUUGAUUUGCCAGAACUGGCUGAAGCACCACAGCCGUUUAUAUUUGAGAAUGAUUUUACUCCCCGUAAAAUAAAACCAACCAAAAUAGAUUACAGAGGUCCAGUUGCUGACUUACCUUGGGUGAAGGCAUCUUCUUUGUGCUUAGAUGGUCGUUAUCCAGCUGGAAUCACUGGACUUUGGUCUCUUCAGGCUUGCAAAGUUCUUUGCUAUAAAUCAGUUGUCGAGCGUUUCUCUUGCUCUGCUGAAUCUCUUAUUCCUGGGGAAUAUUUUUCUAUUUGUAUACCCAUAGUACAGAUGCUAAAAGCUGAACAAAGGAAACGAGCUCUGUAUGCUUUGCAGCUGCUGAUUUUGCAUUUACCUUGGAAGAGACGUAAACAGUUGCAACACUUACUUCAAUUCUUGCACUUGGUUGUGGAUGACAUUUUUGUCAGCGUUGAUAAAAUGGUCACUAAUUAUGAAGCUGUACUGCGAGAUUUUCUCACUGUGGUAUUCAAGCAUCCUCUUGUAUCAGAAGAAACACAGAAAAUUUUGUUUGACUUCCUUCUUUUGAAAUCAGAAACAGUUUUCAAUAUCCCAUCAUGUUUACAGAAAAUAAAAGAAUCAGGUCUGAAGUUUUGUGAAACAGUCAGUGUUCAAGAUUACGAAACAACAUCAGUAGAAUACACAAAACGAAGUUUGGUUGAUCUUGCCUCAUCUGUUGCUGAUAGUACUGAGAUAAAACUUGCUGAUAAGAAGUUAUGGUUUAAAAAAUUGAAGAAACAUCAUCACAAUGCUUAUGAAUCAUGCAAUUUUGAUGAUUAAAAUAACAUUCCAUUUUAUUGAUUUGUAACAAAAUUCAAUUGUUUCACAUGUAUUUAUGCUCUAUUUUGUAGGUUUUAGUUGUAUUUUUAAAUACUUUUAAGAAAGUGUGUCAUUUAUUUUCUUGUGCCAAUUACUUUUUCAACUUUUAUUAAAUCUAUUUUAUCUAG